ACAAGAACUCUGUUGAUUUUACUGACUUUGUUGAGUUAUUUCUAUUCUUUAAGGUUUGAUGCAGAUUUAAAUUCCAGCUGAAAAAUAUCGUUUUCCUUAAGCAAAUAUAGAGCCAAUGCGACGUUUUUAACGAUACUAUAAACCGGAAACACAAACAGUUAAGGCAACAGAAGUGCAACGUGGCUGAUUGAUCGGCCUCCUAACUGGUGAAACUUACCAGCAUUAUGGAUACUGCAUAUUCAGCCGAAAUAAUUAACAAAUUCAGCAACAUGAAUCUGCAAAACAAGCCAAGGAACGCCCCACAAUAUGGAAUGCUCACACCAGAACAGAUAUCCGAUGCGCACAAGCCUCUGGACAUCCGACCACAGUCUUCGUUCAUUCCUGCGAUUUGUAAUUUUCAAACUGCUAGGAAAAUGGCCCAGGAAAACUUAGAGCAUCAACCAUUGCCAGAUGCGGUUAUGGACAUUGCAUUUCGGAAGGCUCAGGUAGCGGGUUCGGCAAAUCCUGGGAUCGCACUGGAAGUGGGUCCGUACGCGACCGGCGUUGGGAGCAAAAACUACAAAGCAGGUCCAACAAAGUGUACAAAAUACAGAGUUUAUCGACCAAAAACAUGUGGAGUUAUUCCAAAACCUUUGAGCGCGUCCGGCAUUAAGGAAAUUGUACCCGAAUUCAAGAAACGGUCAAAGGUCGGCGCGAUGGAUCUUGCUAUUGGGUGGGAUUAUCGAACAAAGCAAGAGCCUCGCCGGGCACUCUAUAUGGACGGUUCAAAGGCUUCGGUAGCACCACCAAUAUUCGAGGUGGUCGAAGCGCCGAAAGAGCUUAAUUUGCCCAACGUUGUACACUCCGGUGGAGUAUUUUCAAACACGCUGGGUGAGGAAGAUUUCUUCGAUCGGGAUAUUAUCCGGCAGCACGAUGAGUACACUAAAAAUUACACGCUGGCUAAUCGCUGCAAAUGUAACAAAAAUGAUAAACCAAAAACACCAACUUCCGGAAACAAACAGGCCAAAUCUCCACGGCCAGAGGCCCAAAGUGAUGAGAAUGUUGACAACGCUUUACCGGAAAUGGCCGAGUUACCGGAGCUGGUUCCGCAACGCAGCAAGAGCACUCCGAACAUGACUCAAUUACUGGACCAAGAAGUUAACAUGCCAAGCAGCAGACAACGGUCUCCGAAUGAAAAGCAAAGGGACAACAAAAUACCCCGCCUGUGUCACUCCAACCAGGACGACGAGUUUACCUAUAAGGUCCAGCACGAGUUCCGGUGCGCGUUUAAGGCCGGCAUACCGCAAAGUAAUUCGUCCGGAACAGUUGCUAGCUUUGACAGUGGCAUUGGGAACUGUUUACCAAAAAAUGAACCCAAGAAGCUUACGGUCCCCAGACCAAGGGAUCCGUACACUAAAAAGAAUUAUAUAAUAAACACGCUGGCCCCUCCCUUUGCUUUUUGGAAAAAGGGCUCUGGAUAUCCAGACUAUUGGCGUUUAGUGAGUGUUUAUCAACAUGCUUAUAAACCAGCGGAUAAAAGGAAGUACCCGUUGAUAAAGACGGUUUAUCAAUAGUAUACAAACUUUAGUGAACUUGAUGAACUGGAUUACAUUGAUGGUUUCAAAAAUUUCAACUUCCUUUCAACAGUCAUGUAAUUAGCGAAAAUAAAUGUUUGAUUCAAAAA